AGAAGACGCCUCCCCGUACGCCGCUCCUGUCACAGUGCGCAAAUGCGCAUCCUACAGCGCGGAGCUCCGGAGGAAAGCAGCGAUAAAACCAACCUCACCAGGCUGGGCAACGACACGCUAGGGCGGAAGAGAAAACAGCGCCUGAGGGGGAAGACGGAACCGAGGGGUAAAGUCUGUGACACGGCAGCGACCAUGGUGGGCGAACGCCGCAAUGGGAACCUGCUGGUCCAGCUCGGCCCGCGGCUGCAGGCGUACCCGGAGGAGCUGAUCCGCCAGCGACGCAACCACGACGGCCAAACGGAGUACCUGAUCCGCUGGUGUCUCGUCACCAUCGACGACGGCUCCGGCCCCGGGGGCGGCGCCAGCGAGGCGGGCGGGACGGGCGGCGGCAGCUCCGGGGUGGGCGGGUCCGGCGGCUCCACGUCAGGAGAGAGCAAGACGGAGAACAUCCUGAUGUGGAUGUCGACGGAGGACGUGUACGCCAACUGCCCCACGCUGCUGGGGAAGAGGAAAACGGACUCGCAGCGCCCCCUGCAGCAGCAGGAGACACAGCAGGGCGGCGAGUCGUCGGACGGCGGGCAGAGGAGCGGCGGCGAGUUCCCGUCUGACGUCACCUUCGACGAGGUGGAGCUGUCGGACAUGAAGGAGGACGUGAAGAACCUGGUGCGCCGAGCCAGGAAGCAGAUGACCAAGAAGAGCGACUUCUCCAUCAGCAUCACUCACACCAUCCACGUGCUGAGCGCCUACGCCGGCAUCGGCUCGCUGGUCGGCGUCUUCAAGGAGACGGGCGCCCUCAACCUGCUGAUGGAGCUGCUGUGCAACAAGGAGACGCAGACCAGACGCAGCGCCGGGAAGAUGCUGCGGGCGCUCGCCUCGCACGAUGCAGGGAGUCGGGCCUACGUCUUGCUGUCCCUCAGUCAGCAGGACGGCAUCGAGCAGCACAUGGACUUUGAUAACCGCUACACUCUGCUGGAGCUGUUUGCAGAGACCACCUCCUCAGAGGAGCACGGGAUCUCCUUCGAAGGGAUCCACCUGCCUCAGAUUCCCGGGAAGCUGCUGUUCUCUCUGGUGAAGCGUUACCUGUGCGUCACGUCUCUGAUGGACAAACUCAACACGGCGGGGACGGAGUCCAGCUCUGACAGGCAGGACGCCAGCCCCUCCCCCGCCUCCUCCUGCAGCACCGCCCACCAGACGGAGCACCUGCGCGUCCAGCGAGAGUUCGACUUCACCAUGGCCAUGGCCAACCUGAUCUCAGAGCUGGUCCGCGUCAUGGGCUGGGACCGGAACCGCCAGCCCCCCGACAGCUCCGCCCUCCAGUCUGGAGGAGGCGGGGCCUGCGGGGAGGAGCAGGGGGAGGAGGCCUCCCGUCCCGUCCUCAGGUCCAUCUUCCAGCCUCGUUUCUGCACUUCCCCCGUCGUCCUUCACACCACCGCCGCCGUAGCCGCUCCCGCCGCCACGCCGCCGAAGAAGAAGACAGGAAACGGAUACAAGACGCGCUCAGAUUUCGCCAGCCGCUCGUCCUACGUGGAGUAUGUCCAGGACAACCUGAAAAGCGGCAUGAUGGUCCGCAUGCUGGAGGACUACGAGGAAGUGAGCGCCGGAGACGAAGGGGAGUUUCGCUACAGCAACGACGGCUCGCCGCCUGUUCAGGUGUACUGGAACUCCCUGUCCAGGACUUACUGGGUCCACUGGCACAUGGUGGAGAUUCUGGGCAGCGGCAGCAGCAGUCAGGCUGAGAAGGAGACGCAGGAGAAGGCCUCCACUCUGACAGAGACUCUCAAACUCACCGCGGUGAGCCAGACGUUCUUCUCGAAGCCUCCCGGCGGUCUCUACUCGCUGCCCUACCUGUCUGAGGGGCUGCAGAGGGAGCCUCUGGCCCUGAGCCGGGCCGAGUGGUGGGAGAUCCUGUUCUUCAUCAAGAAGCUGGAGCCCAAACAGCAGCAGGAGGUCAACGGCGUCCUGCUGCAGAGCCUGGACGACCAGGAGGCGGAGUUGGACGACUGGGCUCUGAUCGGCCUGUCCGUCCCCGGAGACGUGGCCAAGAAGCUGCUGCACUACCUGAAGCAGAAGCUGCCGUCGUCGUGUCUGGGCGACCUGCUCUGCUCUCACACCUUCUCCAAACACUACCUGAGGAGAGGAGGAGGAAGCCUGGAGGACGAGGAGCUGCUGGCUGAAAGCUCUCUGGGUCCGUCCGGCCUGGCAGGAGGAGGAGCAGCAGCAGCAGGAGGAGCAGGUCAGAACUCCACGUCUUCGUCGUCAGCCUCGGCCUCCUCGUCCUCCUCGUCCUCAGCGAUGGGCUCCGUCUCCAAGAAGGCGAAAAAGGAACUUCCUGUCGAUUCGGGCUUCGGCAGCUCGGAGACGGAGAGCGAGCUGCCCACGGAGGACGAGAGCAAGUACCCCGAGGACCUGGAGGACAAGAUGAAAGUGUUCAACAACCCGCGAGUCCAGGGGAAGAAGACGGUGCUGGAGAAGCUGGGCGAGGUGGUGGACAUCCUGAAGAAGGGGGGGUCGGGCUCGGACCAGGCCCAGCAGAUGGCCGCCGUCCUCUUCAUCACCAGGCUGAUGGAGGAGAAGGGGACCCAGGAGAAGAACUCCAUGAGGAGCGACUCCGCCCAGACCAUACGGGACAAGGUCCUGAAGCUGCUGGUGGAGCUGCUGGGCUCGUCCUCUAAAGACCUGCUGAUCUGCACGCUCAGGCUCACCCACCUCCUCAUGAUCAAGUACGAGUGGAGGGUUUCCUUCGCCACCGAGGGCGGGGUCAAGGCCAUCCUGUCCUGCAUGCAGGAGUUCUCCACCGUGGCCCACGUCCAGCAGCUGGCGCUCGCGACUCUGAAGGUGAUCACUGGAGCCAGCAAACACGACCUCCGCAGCGUCGGCAGCAGCCUCCCCCUCUCGGAGUCCGGCACUCAGAUGAUGUUGGAGAUCUUCGCCAGCAUCGGCUCGGCCACGCCCGAAGGCUCCAAAGGCCUGCUGGGCGCCAUCCCCGCCGCCAUCGACCUCAUGCUCAAGACUAAAGGAUGCAUGCUGUCGGUGCGUAACGGCCUGCUGGUCAUCAUCAUGCUCAUCUCCAACCACAAGAGCCUGGCGGAGCAGCUGGUGGCGUGCGACGUCACCGCCGUCCUCAAGAAGUGUCUGACCCUGUCCAGAGCCGAGACCAUGCUGGCCAUCAUCGCCCUCAACCACAUCUCCAUGGUGCACAAGCUGGAGAGCAAAGAGUGUCGGGAGCAGCUGGACUUUAAGGACACGGAGCUGCAGAUGCUGGUUGUGAGUCUGAAGGAGCUGACGGCCACCAAAGAGGUGAUCCAGACUCUGGAGCAGCUGCUGUGUGACGACGCCUCUCAGCUGGAGGAGGAGCGCAGCCAGGUGAUCCACAGUCGGGACACGUACCAGGAUCUGGUUCGUCUGAUGGAGCAGCACCGAGCCGACCGGGCCGUCCAGCUCUCCAUCCUCAGGAUCCUGAACAAGUUCCUGGAUAACUACCAGGAGGACGUGCUGCCGUGGCACGAGAGCAUCGAGCCCUGCCUGUCCUCCAUGACGGCCUUCAUCAACGACAGAGAGGUGGUGCAGAUGUUUAUCCGCUUCCUGUACCGGCUGGCGUCCCUGAACAAGGACUACGCGGUGGUGAUGUGCCGCCUGGGGACCAAAGAGGCCCUGGUGAAGGCUCUGGACAAACACAGCACCAACCUGCUGCUGGUCACAGAGCUGCGAGACCUCAUCACCGACUGUGAGAAGUACGCCAGCCUCUACAAGAAGAUGACCACCAGCGUCCUCGCAGGAUGCAUCCAGAUGGUGUUGGGUCAGAUUGAGGAGCAUCGUCGCAGCCAUCAGCCAAUCAACAUCCCCUUCUUCGACGUGUUCCUCAGGAAUCUCUGCCAAGGUUCCAGCGUGGAGCUGAAGGAGGACAAGUGCUGGGAGAAGGUGGAGGUCUCGUCCAAUCACCAUCGAGCCAACAAACUGACCGACAAGAACCCCAAAACCUACUGGGAGUCCAACGGCUGCACCGGCUCGCACUUCAUCAACAUCUACAUGCACAAAGGAGUCGUCAUCAGACAACUGGCCAUCCUGGUGGCCAGCGAGGACUCGAGCUACAUGCCGGCCCGGAUCCUGGUUCUGGGAGGAGACGAGCCCACCAACAUCAACACCGAGCUCAACACGGUUAACGUGACCCCGUCGGCCAGUCGGGUGGUCCUCCUGGAGAACAUGACCAGGUUCUGGUCCAUCAUCCAGAUCAGGGUCAAGAGAUGUCAGCAGGGAGGCAUCGACACCCGGGUCCACGGUUUCGAGGUUCUGGGUCCAAAGCCGACGUUCUGGCCCGUGUUUAAGGAGCAGCUGUGCUGUCGGACCUACCUGUUCUACAGCACCAAGGCCCACACCUGGUGUCAGGAGGUGAUGGAGGACCAGACGCAGCUGCCGCAGCUCUUCAACAAGCUGAACAGCGCUCUGAGACACGAGCAGAUGUUUGCAGAUCGUUUCCUCCCCGACGCCGAGGCGGCUGAAGCUCUGGGACGAACCUGCUGGGAGGCUCUGAUCACGCCCAUCGUGCACAGCAUCACACUGUCAGAAUCCUCGGCAUCCAGCCCCCUGUCCUGGCUGCUCAGUGAGUACCUGGAUAACACGGAGUCGGCACGGCGCUGUAAGAGCCGGGCGGCCAUCUUUAACUCCAGAGUGAGGCGCCUCACACACCUGCUGGUCCACGUGGACACGAGCUCAGCGGACAGCGAGGAGCUCAGACCGCCCGUCAAGUCGAGUGAGUCUCUUCACCCAGCUUCACUUCUGUCAGCAACACGCCGUGACAUCACUAAAUAGGUCUGGUAGUUCGCC